AUGGACAUCGAUAUCAUCGACAUCCGGACGCUCGGCUAUCUGUCAAGUACAAGCACGGUUGUGUCUGCAUCGACGAUCGGUAAUCUGACAUCGGUGAAUCAAACCGAUGUUACAGUCGACGGCAGCGGGAGAGGCACAGGUGGAACUGGUGGUUCAGGAAUUCCUGGAAGAGCAGGGGAUGACACCGACGAUGACGAUGUUGAUGUCCUAUCGCCCCUGUCGAUGUCAUUUCUCGGUGUUUUUCUUUCUAUUGUGAUAUUUCUAUCGGUAGCCGGCAACAUUCUGGUGUGUAUCGCGAUAUACACCGAACGGAGCUUACGGCGCAUCGGGAAUCUGUUUUUAGCAUCGUUGGCCAUCGCCGAUCUGUUCGUGGCAUCGCUUGUGAUGACUUUCGCGGGCGUCAACGAUCUUCUAGGAUACUGGAUAUUCGGUGCUCAGUUUUGUGACACCUGGGUCGCAUUCGAUGUGAUGUGUUCAACCGCUUCCAUUCUGAAUCUGUGUGCAAUCUCACUCGAUCGGUACAUACACAUCAAGGACCCGUUACGCUAUGGACGGUGGGUCACUCGGCGAGUUGCUAUCGGAACAAUAGCCGUCAUCUGGCUUCUCGCGGCACUCGUUUCAUUUGUUCCAAUAUCUCUCGAUCUUCAUCGGGACAAAAGGGACAAAACGGACACAUCACUCAAAAUCAACGGCAUCAAAUACGAAACCUGUGCACUUGAUCUAACACCAACCUAUGCAGUUGUUUCUAGUUGUAUAAGUUUCUACGUACCUUGUAUAGUUAUGAUUGGUAUCUAUUGCAGGCUGUACUGCUACGCACAAAAGCACGUCAAAUCUAUACGUGCAGUAACGCGACCCGGAGAGAUUAGUGAAAAGCGAUAUCGCAGUAUACGAAGGCCCAAAACCACCAAGAACAAGCUUAAGCUUCGCCAACUAGCGCACCACGCAUCAUCGCCCUACCACGUGUCCGAUCACAAGGCAGCGAUCACAGUCGGUGUCAUAAUGGGCGUCUUUCUGAUCUGCUGGGUGCCGUUCUUCUGUGUAAAUAUCAUUGCCGCAUUCUGCAAGACCUGCAUCGGCCAGCAAACUUUCAAGGUUCUGUCUUGGCUCGGGUACUCCAACUCAGCCUUCAACCCGAUCAUCUACUCGAUCUUCAACACCGAGUUUAGGGAGGCCUUCAAACGCAUUCUAACCACCCGUAGCUCGUGGUGCUGUGGGCAGGAGAUGGGUAACAUCUAUCCGCGAAGCAGCGAUCGGUACGUAACAGACUAUGCGGCGAAGAACGUUGUGAUGAAUUCCGGGCGCUCGUCCGCCGACCUGGAGCAGGUGUCAGCGAUAUGA